AUGGUAAUUUUACAAGCAGAGUUGACUUAGGAUAUCUCUCUUGAAGACGGACAGAACUAUCAGCUGUAUAUACCCUACGGAGAAAUUCGAGCAUUCAAGUACACAAUUCCCGCUAGACUACAUGAAGGCUAAUCAAUCCUUGUUAGAGCUGCCUCAAUGAGACAACUCCCGAAGGACUUCAACUUGCUAGUUUAACCUAUGGAUCCAUAGUAUAGGAGUGAGGCAUUCCAACUGAAGGGCCGGGAAGUCUGGAAGCGCGGCUAAGUUGUGAUGAUAAUGCUGGGAGAUAGUUAGGGAUAUUGUGCUGGAUGUGAGGUGCAGGUGGUGAUUGAGUCUGGCGAGUCUGCCUACUUCUAAGUAUCGGCAGAGACAGAGGAGGAAGUACUGGAAGUGCAUGAGAAUAUGAUUCGGAAUGACCUGGUGUUUGAAAACAAGACUAAGUGUUUCCUCUACUUUGUGAGGUCAGACUUGACUGAUUUGAUGAUCAAAAUUGCUACCUUUCAAGGAAGAGUUAACUUGUUGAUUAAAAAAUACGAUUUUCAAGAGAAUGAAGAAAAAGAUUAUCAAGAGAAUGAAGAAAAAGAUUAUCAAGAGAUUGAAGUAUAUGAUAGGAUAGAUUAUAAUUUAUCAGAGUUUAUUGCGAAUAUCUCCUCUGACUCUAGGCUAUAUAUCUUCAAUCGGCCUAUGGGAAGCUAUUCAAUCUGUGUCUAAGGUUUAUAAUUUGUUUCUUUUUCACUUAAAGUAUAUGAGAUUAUGAAUAAUGAUGAGACUGUUGUCAACACAUUUCUCUAAGAUGGAUUUGAGGAGGAAUUUAAACUACUUGGUCAGAGUAUAAAUUAUCACUAAUACAUUGUACCUAUCGAGGGAAUCAAUGAGAAAAUUCUUAGAUUUUAAUUUAAUAUUUAGCCGAUAAGUGGAGGUGAUCCAGAAGUUGGAAUACUAUUUUGUAAAAAGACCAUUAAAAAUAAAUGCCUAUUGGAUUUUGAUAAAAAACUUAAAAACACUUCUAUGGAUAGCAUUCAGUAUUUAAAUAGAGUUUAUCCCACUGGAUAGAAGUUUAAAGCAGAAAUUACUUAUGAAUACAAUGAUUGCUAAUUAGAUAAUCAGUUGGAUGAUUGUUUAUAUAUAGUUAUAGUUCAAAAUAAUUAACUAAGAUCCAUCAGCUAUAAAAUCUAAGUGAAUAUGUUAUUUUCAGAUUUCAAGCAGAUGCGAGAAGGCUAAAUUGUAGCUGAUGAGGUUGAUCAUAAUAAAUAUUCAUAUUACUAAUUCAAACUUGCAGAUGACUAUAAUAUUGAGGCAAUUCAAAUUAGACUUGAUAAACUUCAUGGUGAUGCUAAGCUUAUUGCAAGUUCGAUGUUUUCCUGGCCUACAUUAGAAUAUAGUGAAUAUAAGGGCAGCAUUUAGAAUUCUGAGUAUGAAAUAAUUGAAUUGACAAGAGAGAAUAGGGAGUAUUAUUCAGAUUAGUCUCCUAGAACUUUGCAAGAGACCUAUUCUAUAGGAGUUUAUGGCGAUUCCUAUGCCACCUUCACAUUAUUGAUUACACUGUUAAGAAAAAAUUAGCAAGUAUUAGGUUAUGUAAAAUCAUCAAUUAAGCUACUAGAAGGAGUAUCUCUUCAUCAGAAAAUUGGUAAUGCAGAUUAAAAAAUCAAUAGCUACUUUUAUUUGGAUAGUCUUUUCGAUGAUAUUUUGUUGAUAGACUACAAUAAUCCAUUAAAUAAUACAAUUACAUAUGGUAAACUUAACGAAUAACCCAAAGAGAAUGAUUAUGAUUUUGUUCUAGAGCAUGGAUUAAAUUAAUUCAACAAUUAAGAUGCCUAUAAGGUUUUGAAAGCCAAUGCAAUAUAUUAUCUCAUGACAAAAGCUAACCCUUAAAGAAAAAUCUUAAAUCAAGAAUAGAAAGAUGAUUUAUAAUUCUCAUUAGUUUGGAGGAGAAAUAGCUGGAGAUAGCACAUCAACUCUAAUCAGUAAUUGGAUAUUUACUAAAAUACUAAAUCAACUUAAUUAUUAGGUUUCAUCCAUUACUUGAUGGAAAAUAAAUAUGAUAUAAAAAUAGCAAUUAAGUCUAGUUAGAUCUAAGAUCUAUAAAUUCUCAUUACCUUUCAAACUAAACCUGCAUAGUCUAAUCAUGACUUUCAGAGUAAGGAUAUUGACUGGAUUGGAAAUUAUGGAAUAAUUACUAUUUCCAGAACUUAAAUAUCUUAAGCUACACCCGAAUGCUCUGAUUUCAAUUACAUUUCUAGCAAAGUUUGUACUUUAUACAUAAAUAUCUACUGUUUAAAUCCGUUAGGUUGUAUAUCUAAUUUAGAGCUUUCAUAUAGAAGUCCAAAGAAUUAAUAAUUAAAAGAAGGUUAGAUAAGAUAUUCCUCAAUAAAAUAGAAUGAAUUCUAGACUUAUCAUUAUGUAAAAGAAUACAACAGGACAGAAUAAUGGAUAGUCUAGCUAUAAAAUCUACAAGGCCAUUGCUUUAUCAUAGCAAUAUUUAUCCUAGUGAAUAGUAAUAAUCUUUUACCAGAUGAAUAAUAGAUAUAAAGCUUUUUGCUAAAAAAUGCUAAUUAUUAAUCUGUCUCUUAACUUGGAAACGAGAUUAUGAGUUUUUCUGGGGGCUAUUAUGAUUAAUGCAGUACAUCUAAUAAAAUAAAUGAAAAUGAUACUAACUAUUGCUAUAUCUUUUUUGGAGUAUUUCCAAAGGAAUAUACGGACUCUAAAUCAAGAGAUAAAAAUGAAGUUAACAUAUUCAGUAUCAUCAUUUAAUUUGGUCUUUUGGAGUUGGAUUUAAUUACAAGAACUCAUUUUGUAAAUUUACAAUCUGGUCAGUUUACUUACCUAGUUUAUCUUGAUCAAAUGUAGACAUCCAAGAUUAGACUCAAUGUAGAAUCUUACAACUCUUCCCUCAUUGAAAUAUAUGCUAAUAAGGGAUUACUUUAACCCUCCAGGACUGACUUUGAUUUUAGGAAAGAAUUUGAUUAAUAAAAUUUCUUAGAAAUAAGUAUUAGUUCACCCUAUUUUUAAGAGAAAAAUCUUACUUAGAUGUCUGAUUAUUAUGUUUUUGGAUUAUUUUCAACGAAUAACCAAACAGUUCAAGUUUCAUUGGAUACAUAAAUUUCCAAAUUUUAAUAAUUAAUUCCACCAGGAUCAUAUGAAUUAUAUUUGGAGUAGUUUGAUACUGCAAUUUAUAAAUGUUUUAUGUGGCAAAAAUUAGGAAGAAUGAUAGACUUAAAGGUAAUAACUGGAAAAUUAUCAUUCUUUAUAUUUCAGGCGAAUACGGAGGAUUUACCAUAAUUAUAAGAAUAGUAUAUAGAUGAAAAUUAUAUUAAAUCAAAACACACCUGGUAAAGGUAAAACAUAACUUCUCUCUCAUCAGAGGAGGAAUCUUAAAUAGUGAUUUUAAAAUAAGAUAGAAACUAUUGCAUUAAUUGCAUAAUAUUCUUGCUAGUUUGCACUUAUGAACAAAAAACUUAAUUCUAAAUAAAAAUUAGUAAUCUCGAAAAUGCUCAAAAAUAAUUAUAUUUCCUAAGUAUUGGAGAAAUAAGAAGAAUUGAGCUAUAAGGUAAAGAAACUAAGAAAAUUAAUGUAUUUAUAAUUGAAAACAUUGAUCCUAUAUCAAUUACAACCACAAUUUUAUCUGGAUCUAUUAAUCUUUACAUUUCUUUGACACCAGACAUUAACAAUGCUAAUUAUGUUUACUCAAAUCCAAAUAUUGUCAAAUUCAACCAGAGUCAAUUUAUUACAGGAAAGCUAUACUAUCUAAUAGUUUAAUCUAAUAGCGAAUACUCAUAACUUACAAUUUAGAUGACUUAAAAUAUAACAAUUACCAGUCUUUAAUAAAAUCUUCCAUAGGUUGUGAAUUUCAGUAGCUUUAAUGACAAUAAAAAAUUAUUCACGUACAAAUUACCAUCUGGAAAUGCUUAAAUACAGAUCAAUAUAAAGACGAGAGCAAAAGGAUUUUAUCCUACUAUAUAUUACUCUAUUGUAAAUCAAAGUAUCACCUAGAAGGGAAUAUUCCCUCCAGAUGAAUAACUAGACAACAGCAAGCUGACAAUUAGGGAUUGGGACAAAAAUAUCUAUCAGCUAGAUAUCUCUUUCGAGCUGGAAAAUUCUUUGCCAAAUCAGAUUUUAGCAAUGUCUGUCAUUUACUAUAAUGAAAAUUUGACAUAUCCAGAUGAAAAAACAGAUCUGAAGCUAAUUGAGAAUCUAAGAAGUGAUGCUUAGAUUAUAAUUACUAUUUCAGAUUCAAGUAUUCAUAAAAUAUUGCCAUCUACAGAAUAUUCUUUUGCUUUCAAAGACUUAAAACCAUUGAUUUUCAAAGUCUCAUUUUCUACUAACUCAACAUUAAUAAUAAAACUUUCAGACUGCAAAGGACAGUCGUAAUUUUCAUUGAUAAAGAAUUUGCAAGAUCUUAAUACUAAGAGAAUCAACUUAACGAUUACUGAGGAGUACGGUUAUAAAGUUGCAGUUAUCAGCAAUUUGACAAGAGAGUACUUUAUUGUUGUUGAGCCAUUCCAAGUCCUCGAUAGGUCUCAAAAACUAGAAACUGAGUUUAUGAUAUUUUAUGAAGUCACUGAAUCAUAACAAAAAAUGAAAGAAAUCUAAAGCAAUUACAUUGCAGAAAACUUUGGAUAAAUAUAAUAUGAGCAGCAGAAAGAUUCAUAAGGAUCAAUAAAACUAAGCUGGGGUGAUCUUUACACUAAGCAAGUUGGAUAAGAUUCACAAAGAAUCAAUGGAGUUAAAUAUAAACUUAUCAAGACUAAUGACUUAUCAGUACAGCUAGGGCAUAUUUGUGCUGUUAAGCAUUUAAAAGAGUUUAAGAUACUCAUAGACGAAAGCGAGGGAGUUAAUACAUUUAUAGAUGAAGAAUUAUCUGAUGAAACUGUACAAUAUAACGUAUUUGCUAUGCUUGAUGAAUAAUCAAUAUCAUUUCCAUAUAAGCCUAUCCUUGUAAAGAAGUAGGAUUUUGCUAUCUAGGAUUAAUCCCAAUUUUUAGUCCUAGCUAUUUGCAUAGUAUUGCUUUUAUUAGUCACAGCUAUUGCAAUUGCGAUUUAUUUUUACUUUAUUACAAAAAUACUCAAGAAUAGACUUAGCUCCAAAUAUGAAACUAAACAGUUACCAUAGCAAACUGAAAUUACUAAUCCAAAUAACAAUACUCAAUUGGGAGAAAUUUCUAGUGAUGUUAUUUUUCCUGAUGUUGCAAACUUGAACUUGAACUUUGAUUAGUAGCCAGGAGAAAUUAAAGCCUUCAGAAAAAUAAAGGAGGAUGAAAAUAUUGAAUUUGAAUGA